AACAGUCGCCAGUCUGUCAGUGGUUUCCUGGAGCUAGCUGACUGGUGGCACAGGGCACAGGGGCGCCAUCAGGGGGGGCUACUGCUUCCACUGCCUAUAAAGGACCCUGACUAGAGGUUGGGCCAGGCAGAGGAGAAGGCGGAGCCACAAACAGCUGUUGUGGCGGCAGUGCCAAGGGGGACAGAGACCUCUAUAGAAGCAGGCCUACCGUCACGCAGUGGCUGUGUGACAAAAGAACCAUGUACCUGAUUGUUUCCAAGGUUCUUGUCGUCUUCGAGGGGGCAGUAGAGUUGGAGGACGAGAAUGUGCAGCCUGUGAUGCUUGUGGAAGGUGACACCGAAUUGUCAACUACUGAGGGAGCAGUGGCGAGUGCCUCUGGUGAUAGCACUGUCACUGAUGAAGCCAUCCUCCGUGGUGCUGAUGUGGUUGUCCAUGUGCCUCAGAGCAGUGAGCCAGACACUACUCUUGUUGUGGAAGAAGGUGAAACAUCUCAGGUGGUGGCUGACAGCAGUAACUCCCCUAACAGUGGACCUUCAGAAACAUAUAGGAGAGUUUCAUUUGGCUGUCUUAACUCUCUACUGGGUGCUACUGACUGUACUAAUCACACGUGUUACUUCUCUCUAGAUCUUGUUUGUACAGAUUUUGAGCCUUAUACAGGAGACUGCGUAGAAGUUAUAUUUUCCACAGAUCCAGACACACAGAGCAGACGGGCUGUCUCAGUGAAGCCUCGGGUGUACAAGCAUGUGAGUGAGGUGUGCAUUACUAGUAUACAUGGAAGAAACGGGGUGAUAGAUGAUGCCAUCUUCUUCACCUUGGAUUCUCUGAAACUUCCUGAAGGAUACGUGCCUCAAAUCUAUCAUGUCGUCAAUGCUGUGGUAGUGGAGAGCUUUCAUUCAGGCUAUGUUUGGAGAGCAAUUUCCAUCACUCCAGUGCUAAUGAUGUAAAAGCACAACCUAUUUAUUCUCCAUGUAUUCAUUCUUCUAUGGUAAUUAAGGAAUUCUUGCAGUUGUGUUUUGAAAAAAAAAAACAAUUAGUGAACUUCAGUAAUUGUUUCUUAUACUGUUUUUCAAAUCUUGAGUCCUGAAUGUGUUGACCAAAUUGUAUGUUCUUGAGAAUGUUCACCAGUCUUCAUGAUUAA